AUGCAAAGCGCUGCUCGAUGGCUAUUGAACUGCCUUCUUCCCUAUUCCGUCUGGAGCUUCUCGCACGUCACCGAGGAGUCCAAUGCACUGAACUUCGUCCAAAGGAAGGUGCUGCCACGAGUCGCUCCACCGCCCACGCUUUCAGCGGCUCAAAGUGCACCCUCAAAGCCUUGGCACACGCACAAGUACAUCUUUGUUGCUCAUCACAAGGCCGGUGUGUUUUUGAUGCAUGACCUACAGUCAUCGAUCUUCCUUUCUCUUGGGGCGACUGCGAGCGAAAUGGGUUUGUGGAUUCAGCCCUGUUAUCCUGGUGACUGUUUGAAACCAGAGGCACCGAUCCAGUUUUGGAUGGACCUCUAUUCGUACGAAAGAGCGCAGGAAGCAAGGGAAGCUGCCGGCGCAAAAGGCAUGCGCGUCGCGGGAAUCGUGCGAGAUCCGGUGUCCAUGAUCGUCUCAGCAUACUGCUAUCACCAUCGGGGCGAAGAGCUAGGCAAUGUCAUGUUCGGCAAUGGAAGCUUAAUGCACUUGGGCCCCAAAGAAGGACUUAAGUUUGCUGCAGAGAGGAUGUUGCCGUUAGUUGAAAACAUGACGACUGCCUUUGAGCGGCCAUUCAAUGACACUUUCCACCUAGUCUACGAGAAGGUCACCCGAUCUUCUGAGGACUUCGACCAGCAGGUUGGAGAGAUGACCAGCUUCUUGUUCCAAGACCUUAUUACGCCGGCACAGCGCAGCCAGGUCCUCAACGCGACGCAAUCGGCAGAUCUGCAUCGUCAUCCGGCCAAAGGUGAUCAUGGGAACGACAAAGAAUGCAAGGACGAAGUGCGCAAGUACGUGCCCUCACUGCCCCCAGAGCUCUUGUCACGAUACCGCUCCUUCCAGCAGCGAUUGGGAUAUGUGCCGGUCUUCUUCUAUGGUGCUGCUCGACAGGAUCGACGGGCGCUGGCGGAGCUGCGGCGCAGCUUGGGGUACUUCGGAGGUGCCGCCAAGGGCGAAUGGUCUGGAUUGUCCGACGAGAUCAAGGCCGCCAUCGUCGGCCUGCCUGCGGAUUGUGGGCCAGCUGGUGAGGUGGAUGAGCGCUGUGGCGUAGCAUGUGUUGGCGCCGUACCUUGGGUCUACAACUACAACCUCCUCAUCACUGCUGAGCUCACGCAGGUUGACCCAAGUUCGAAGUUCAGGCGGAGCUCAUGA